CAUUUUCCCCCUCUCAAGAUGAUCUACGGUCAGGUGAUCUGCAUGUGGAGCCUAUUGGCAAUUGCUCUAUUUGGUUUUAUAGAGCAAGUGCAAAGUAGAGCUGACAAUUCUGGUUACUCUUAUGAUCCGCCUGAAUCAUCUCUUGCGUUACCGGGACAAUCUUCCGCCCUUCAAACCUUCACCGGACCGGGACAGUCUUCUGGCUUGUCAUCCCUCGCAGGACCGGGACAAUCUUCUGGCCUUUCUUCCCUCCAAGCACCAGGACAAUCUUCUGGCCUGUCAUCCCUCGCAGGACCAGGACAGUCUGCUGGCCUUCAAUCCUUCGCAGGACUGGGUCAAUCUUCUGGCCUGCCGUCCCUCGCAGGACCGGGUCAAUCUUCUGGCCUUCCAUCCCUCGCAGGACCGGGACAGUCUGCUGGCCUUCAAUCCCUUGCAGGACUAGGACAAUCUUCCGGCCUUUCUUCCCUCGCAGGACCAGGACAGUCUGCUGGCCUUCAAUCCCUUGCAGGACUAGGACAAUCUUCCGGCCUUUCUUCCCUCGCAGGACCAGGACAGUCUGCUGGCCUUCAAUCCCUUGCAGGACCGGGACAGUCUUCUGGCCUUUCUUCCCUCGCAGGACCGGGACAGUCUUCUGGCCUUUCUUCCCUCGCAGGACCGGGACAAUCUGCCGGCCUUCAAUCCUUCGCAGGAUUAGGACAAUCUUCCGGCCUUUCUUCCCUCGCAGGACCAGGACAGUCUGCCGGCAUUCAAUCCCUUGCAGGACUCGGACAGUCUUCUGGCCUUUCUUCCCUCGCAGGACCGGGACAGUCAGCUGGCCUUCAAUCCUUCGCAGGACUAGGACAAUCAUCCGGCCUUUCUUCCCUCACAGCACCGGCACAAUCUUCUGGCUUUUCAUCCCUCGCAGGAACGGGUCAGUCUGCCGGCCUGCAAUCCUUCGCAGGACUAGGACAAUCUUCUGGCCUCCCAUCCUUCCCAGCACCGGGACAAUCUUCUGGCCUCCCAUCCUUCCCAGCACCGGGACAAUCUUCUGGCCUCCCAUCCUUCCCAGCACCGGGACAAUCUUCUGGCCUCCCAUCCUUCCCAGCACCGGGACAAUCUUCUGGCCUCCCAUCCUUCCCAGCACCGGGACAAUCUUCUGGCCUUCCACAACAAUCUUUCGGCAUUGGCGGUGGUCAGUCUUCCUUUGGCCUGGCUGGAUCGUCCUCACUUGCAUCACAGGGUCAGUCUUUUGGUGUUUCACCUGUGUCUCCUGGAAGUGAGGCUGGGAUGCCCUACACGUUCGCGUACAACGUAAAUGACCCUAUCCAGGGUCUGGAUUUCGGUCAUCGUGCCGCUUCUGAUGGGUCUGCCGUCAAAGGAGAGUACUUUGUGUUGUUACCAGAUGGGCGCAAACAGACAGUAUCAUACACGGCUGAUGACUUCAAAGGGUAUGAGGCUGAGGUCACUUAUGAAGGAGAGGCAGUGUUUCCAGUUUCAAAUCAGCAGCCUGGGCAAUUCGGCCAACAAUUUCAACCUUCGGGACAACCCACUCAGUUUGCCCAGUCACCUCAAGGUUCAUUCUUACAAUCCCCCCAACAAUUCCAGUCAACACAACAAUUGCCACAGCAGCCUAGUGGAUCAUUCCAGCAAUUUUCACCACAAAAUCAGCAGCAGUUCCAACCAGCUACACAGCAGUUUCAACAGCCUCAGGCACCUAGUCAGUCGUUCCAGGCACCUCGACCACAGCAACUUCAGGGUCCUGGCCAACAAUUCCAGCAGCCUCAGCAGCUGCCUUCACAGUUCCAACAGUCUCAAAGACCCAGUCCUUCAGCUCAGCAGUCACAGCUGAACCAACAGUUCCAGGCACCUCAGCAGCCAAGCCUACAGCCUCAGCUAUCUGAACUCCAGUUUUCUCAACAACCUCUCUCUCAAAGUCAGCAACCUGUUGGUCUGUCCCAGCAACUUCAGCCAUCUGGUUUCCAGCAACCUACACCUCAGAGUCUUCAGGCACAGCAGUCAACAUUCCCCGUGCAGGCUUCACAGGUCAGCCAACCACCAAGAGGGUCAAGUCUCCCAUCUCGGCCCUCUGGACAAAUAACACAGCGACCCAGUCAACUGGGACAACAGCGACCAAGUAUUCCAGGUGCAAUUGAACAGACCUACGGGACACCUGCCCGAGGUAUUCGAGUUUAAUAGAUGUUAUGUGUUUUACACAAUGUUCUUGAUAUUUUGUUAAUAAAUUGUUGUUUUGUUGACAA